UUCAAAUUCCUAUAAAUUUUAUCCAAAUUAGGGUUUUCACCACAUUGAUCAUCUCAGUUUUUGGCUAUUGAAGAAGGAAAAGCUAGAUUCUUGGGCCAUCAAGGGUAAAUAGGUUUUUUUCUUCUUCUGCAUAAAAAAAACAGUAAGCCCUCAUCACAGCAGAAAAGUAAAUUUCAGACAGGCAACCACCAACUAUAGGACAUACUUUUGGUACAAUUGCCAAAGUCAAGAAAAUCAACUGAUGCACGUAUUUUUUAAUAAAAAAAGAAUUUUUGAUCCAUGGCUUCCUCAAGCUCUUACAACCCUCCCUGCGCCGCCUGCAAAUUCCUGCGGCGGAAGUGCAUCCCGGGAUGCGUCUUCUCGCCGUACUUCCCCCCGGAGGAGCCGCAGAAGUUCGCCAACGUGCACAAGAUCUUCGGCGCGAGCAACGUGGCGAAGCUGCUGAACGAGCUCCUCCCGCACCAGCGCGACGACGCGGUCAACUCGCUCGCCUACGAGGCCGAGGCCCGCGUCCGCGACCCCGUCUACGGCUGCAUUGGCGCCAUCACCUUCCUCCAGAGGCAGGUCGACCGCCUCCAGAAGGAGCUCGAUGCCGCCAAUGCAGACCUCAUCAGGUUCGCCUGCAGCGACGUGUCGUCGCUGCAGGCGGCCCAGCCCCGGCCGCCUCAGGAGGCGGCCGGGGUGAGGAAUGCCGGUUUUGGCGGAGGCGGAGGUGGCGGGAGAUUUUAUCAAACGGGUGGUGUGCAAAUUUCGUAUGAUGUGCCAUGGAAUGAUAUUUAUAAUUCUCAUGGUGGAGGGAUGGAUGGGAGUAAUUGAUGAUAUGAUCAUCAUCAACAUCAUCAUCAUGAUCAUCUAUUGCUAGGGUUUAUGGUGGUGUUGGAUAAAUAAAAAAGGUUUGAGUAAUUGUUGUGUGAAAGUUACUAAGAGGUACUACUAUAUAUGUGUGUAAUAUCUAUCAUAUGCACAUAUAUAUAGUAAAGAUUAUAUUUUUUUCAUGUAAAAGGGUGUUUGUUUGAAGGGUGUUUGAUUAUUGUAUGUGGA